ACCGCAACCACCACCGCAACAGCCACCACCGGCUCCGCCGCAGCCGCCACCUGCACGGGCAACCUCUACGUCCUCCCCGUCCAAGACGCCGCCUGCGCCCUCCCCAACUCGGGCAAUUUCUCCUCGGUGAUGGACAAAUGCUGCUCGCCCGCGACCGUCACCAAAUACGACAACGACUGCGGCCUGUACUGUCUGGCGCAGGAUCAGACCGUCAAGACCCUGCUGGCAUGUCUCCAGGACAACGGCGCCGUGACCCAGGCCUUCUGCAGCGGGAACCUGACGGCCAGCGCGACGGCCAAGGUCUCGUCCACCGAAACCGGCAAGGCGGGCAAGACGGGUACCAGC